AUGGGUAAAGAGUACCUGAAACUACUGCUGCUUCUACUUUUCUUGCUUCACCAUGUUGAUUCAGCCUCUAUAAUCAAGCAUCUUCCUGGUUUUGAAGGUCCUCUUCCAUUUGAACUUGAAACCGGGUACAUUGGUAUUGGUGAGGCAGAGGAAGUUCAAUUAUUUUAUUACUUCAUUAAAUCUGAGAGGAAUCCAGCAGAAGACCCUCUUCUUCUCUGGUUAAGUGGAGGUCCUGGUUGCUCUUCCCUCAGUGCUUUUCUACUCGAGAAUGGGCCUCUGACUAUCAAGCUGGAUGGUUACAAUGGAGGCAUCCCUUCCUUGGUCUCUUCUACAUAUUCAUGGACAAAUGUAAUUGCAAACGUGAUAUAUUUAGAUCAGCCUGUCGGGAGUGGCUUCUCCUUUUCAAAAACUCCACGCGUGGAUAUACCAAGCGACACAGGAGAAGCUAAGCGCGUCCAUGAGUUUCUUCAAAAGCAAUUGUUCAAGAAAUCUCAAAAGGGUUAUGUGCUAGGAAAUCCAAUAACAAGCAAUGGUAGUCCAAUAAACUACCGGAUUCCAUUUUCUCAUGGAAUGGCAUUGAUCUCUGAUGAACUCUACGAGGUAUGA